AUGGAGGCGUAUCGGUUCGGCUUCGACCUGCCGCCGGCGAACAAGUUCGACCCGACGGACGCCGACAUCGUGGCGCACUACCUCCUCCCGCGCGUCGUCGGGUUCCCCAACCCCCACGGGCACGCCAUCAUCGACGCCGACCCCUGCAGCUGCCCGCCGUGGGAGUUCAUGCGCCGCCACGGCCACGCCGACAGCGACCACGCCUUCUUCUUCGGGCGCCCGCGCCCCGCGGACCCCAAGAAGAGGGUCGAACGCGCCGUCGACCCCGGGGAGGACGGCGUCGGCGGCACCUGGGACGGGCAGAAGAGCGAGGCCACCCGCCUCGUCCUCUCCCGCGCCGGCGGCGGCGCCGCCCGGUUGGAGGUCAGGUACAAGCGCCACAACCUGUCCUACUACCACGGGCCCCAGAAGAUCAAGACCAGCGGCUGGGUCAUGUACGACUACCAGAUCGUCGACCCGCCGCACCUCUCCGGCAUCAUCCUCCACCGCGUCAAGAUCACCGACAGGAGGAAGAAGGAGCAGGACCAGCCGGGCCCGAGCAACUACUGCGAGGUCCAGGAGUACGGCGGUGUCACGGAGGACACGGGCGGUUGCUACGCCGCCGCCGCCGGCCACCAGGUUGUCCCCCCGGGCCCAGACCAGCCGGGCCCGAGCAACUACUGCGAGGUCCAGGAGUACGGCGGUGCCGUGGGGGACACGGGCGGUUGCUACGCCGCCCCCGCCGGCGGCAACAACAACUACUUGCACGACGGCGGCGUCAUAGGAGAGACGGGUGGCUACUACUAUGUCGACGACGACGGCAGCCAGUACUUGAACCAGGACUUGAGCUGCUACAUGUACCAUGGCGAUGGCAGCGGAGGCGACGGUGACUGCUUUUUCAACGUCGGAGACGACAAUAGCUUUCAGUGUCCCGACGGCGGCAAUGCAGGUUGA